AUGGAGCAGCUGACGGCGAGCGCGCGGUGGCCCAGCCGAAACUAGUGCGUUUCUUUAUCUAGCUCGGAGAGCAGCGCACAAAAAAAGGCCCGUCGUGCGCAAAGCACCAAAGGCGUCACCGCUGCCUUCGUUUGGUCGAUAACGGCCGAUGCCGGCCGCGCGGCCGGCGCGCCGCCUCGCCGCGCUAUGCGCGUGGGCGCUGGGAGGUUUGGAAGUGAAGCCGCCGGCGGGGCGGCGCCCGCGCCGAGCGUCGACCACCACGACGUCGUCGACUACGGCGAUUGGCCGUGCCCGGCGAAUCGCCCCGCGUGCGCCGGCGCGCCCCCCCGCGUGGCGUUCCUGAUCGCGGGCGAGGCGCGCGGAUUCGCCGAGCGCUACGCGGCGUCGCUGAAGAAGUACGUACUCGACGACUUUGGGGCGCAUCCGGACUCGGCGUUACUCCUCGUGCUGACGGGCGCGGAGCGUCGGAACGAGACGACGUGGGCGUCUCUCAAGAGGGCGCUGCGGCCCGCGCUCGUCGAAUUCGUCCCGGACGCCGCGCGGCCGGGCCUCCCCUUGGAAGGUCCCGACGCGCGCCUCCGUCAAAAUGUGUCCCUACCCGGGUGGCCCUCCCAGAAUGCCACCGGCCUCCACCACAAGGCGUCGCGCGGCUUCUACGAGUGCGUGAACGGAACGCGCUGGGCCGACGCGGCGUACGCGGCGGCUGUCGACCGGUGGUGGGGGACCAUGAGGCUCGCUCUGAAUCUUCUCGAGGCCCGGGAACGCGCGAUUGGCCGCCCGUACGAUUUCGUCUUCUUCGCGCGGCCGGACGUCCGGUACCUCAGCGGCUUCGGGCCCUGGUGCGGCUACGACGCGACGACGUGGUACUCCGGGGGCCACGGCGCGCCGGACAUGCUCUGGUACAUGCCGCGCGGCGUCGCCGCCGACGUCCUGAAUUCCUUAGACGCGCUGUACGGCUGCGCCGGCCCCGGCCACCUCUGUUGUAUCAAAGAGUACUCGUCCCGCGAGGUCGAGCUCCUCAAGUCGUACUGGGCCCUCUGGUACUGGCGGGCAGCGAAGGGUUACGCGCUCUCUACGCGACUUCGGGGCAACGCGUCCGUCGUCGGCCACCACACGCGCGUGGGCGGACGCGGCAUCUACAUUGGCUGCGGCCACAGGAGCCGCGCCGGCGCGGGCGUCGUCGAGGAACUGUUCGGGCCCGACGUCUGGCCUGCUCCAUAA